GCGCUAGAGAUUGAGAAGCGUUCGUUCCCCGCUGCGAAAGUAGGCGACACACUGCAAGAAGGCGGGGUUGAAAGGGUGCAAACAUGGCAGCGGCCUUGGGAGAAGAUGAAAUCGAAAACGAUGAUUAUUAUUCUCUGCUUAACGCCAGGAGAGAGGCAACGCAAGAGGAACUGAAGGCGUCAUACAGGCGGCUGUGCAUGCUUUACCACCCCGACAAGCACAGGGACCCAGAGCUGAAGAGACAGGCAGAGCAGCUCUUUAACCUUGUCCACCAGGCCUAUGAAGUUCUCAGCGAUCCACAGUCCAGAGCCAUCUAUGACAUUUAUGGGAAGAAGGGCCUGGAGGUGGAAGGAUGGGAGGUGGUGGAGCGGAAGAGGACGCCGGCGGAGAUCCGGGAGGAGUUUGAGCGACUGCAGCGGGAGAGGGAGGAGAGGCGGCUCCAGCAGAGGACCAACCCCAAGGGGACGAUCAGCGUGGGCGUGGACGCCACCGACCUCUUCGACCGCUAUGAAGAAGACUACGAGGACGCGCCCAGCGGGGGCUUCCCCCAGAUAGAGAUCAACAGGAUGCACAUUUCGCAGUCCAUUGAGGCCCCCCUGACCACUGCAGACACGGCCGUCCUCUCCGGCUCCCUCUCCACGCACAACGGAAACGGAGGAGGCAGCAUUAACCUGACGCUGCGCCGGGUCAUCUCUGCCAAGGGCUGGGGAGAGCUGGAGCUGGGUGCGGGGGACACACACGGACCCCUCCUUGGGAUGAAGCUGUUCCGUAACCUGACACCACGCUGCUUCGUGACGGCGCAGUGCGGCCUGCAGUUCUCGUCGCGCGGUGUGCGGCCCGGCGUAACCACGGUGCUGGCUCGCCACCUGGACAAGAACACCAUGGGCUACCUGCAGUGGCGCUGGGGCGUGCAGUCCGCCAUGAACACCAGCGUCGUCAGGGACACCAAGACCAGCCACUUCACCCUCGCCCUGCAGCUGGGGAUACCGCACUCUUUCGUGAUGAUGAGCUACCAGUACAAGUUUCAGGACGAGGACCAGACCAAGAUUAAGGGCUCUGUCAAGUCGGGCUUUUUCGGCACGGUGGUGGAGUACGGCGCGGAGAGGAAGAUCAGCCAGCACAGCGUGCUCGGGGCGACGGUCAGCAUCGGGGUCCCGCAAGGGGUCUCCCUUAAAAUCAAGCUGAACCGGGCCAGCCAGACCUACUUCUUCCCCAUCCACCUGACGGACCAGCUCCUGCCCAGCGCCGUGUUCUACGCCACCGUGGGCCCGCUGGUCUUCUACCUGGCCGUCCAGCGGCUGGUCGUCAUCCCCUACGUGCGCGCCCAGAAGGAGCAGGAGCUGGAGAAGCAGCAGGAGAACGCGGCCUCGGAGAUCGCCCGCAGGAAGCAGGAGGCGGAGACCGCGGUUCUGCUGAUGCAGGAGUCCGUGCGCAGGAUCAUAGAGGCAGAGGAAUCUAAAAUGGGUCUGAUCAUCCUCAACGCCUGGUACGGCAAGUUUGUGACUGACAACAGCAGGCGGCACGAAAGGGCAAAGGUCAUCGACGUGACGGUGCCCCUGCAGUGCCUGGUGAAGGACUCCAAGCUCAUUCUCACGGAAACCUCGAAGGCGGGGCUGCCGGGGUUCUACGACCCCUGCGUGGGCGAGGAGAAGGGCCUGAAGCUGCUGUACCAGUUCCGGGGCGUGAUGCACCAGGUCCUCUCCGGGGACACGGAGGCGCUCAGGAUACCCAAACAAUCACACAGAAUCGACGCGGACACCUAGGAGCUGCUGUCCAGCGGACGGACGGACGACAGACGGACAGACUGACCAACCGAGAGACGCUGAAGCAGAGACGGCGGGGACGGGCUGACCUCACUGCUGAGAGACACACCCGGAUCACAGACCCUCCCAGUCCCACCCCUCCGUCCUCUUACCCUGCAUAUACGUACACGACCUAUUAACAGCCCUGCCGUGUUUCAAACAGUGUUGGUGACCGCAGCCAUGUCAUGAACUUACAAGUGUCCGGAGGUGUCGUGUGUGUGUGUGUGUGUGUGUGUGCAUGUAUACGUGUGUGUGACAGCGCACGCUGGUGUUACAUGCCCGUGUGAGAGAGGGCGUGAUUACACAAGCGUGCGCUGUGGUUCCGUUAGCUGUUUUUUUGUUUGUAAACUCUUCAUUAUUUACACCGCUGUUGAAAACCUCUCGGCCGGUACGGCAGCCUGUCUUUAGAGAAGCAAGUGCUGCACAAGCCCAGCUUUACCUCCUGGUGCAGACCAGUGCAUGACCCACAGUCCUGCAGGGUGAUCUGUGCGCCGUCAGAUACCGCAUGCACAGCAACCCAAGGACACAGCAGACUCUGGAAGGUGUGAGGUCACAGAUGUGAUUAGAAUGUUCUUGACUGAACAUUCUAAUGCUGAUGUCACAAUCACUGCUGCUAACUGAAAGCAGUGGAGUUCUAGAACACUGACUGAAAUUUUUUUUUUCCUCAAAAAAACCUAACCUUUAAAUGGUUAACCCUGCUCUGAAGACUGGGCCUUCAUGCAUUCAAUUGGCCACAAAAUCCCUUACAUUCCUACCCAGAAUUCCCUAGGUUAUCACUGCGAAAGAGACCUGAGUUAGUUGACCGACCUGAUUAAAUAACGAUUUAAGAAGGCGUAUUGAUUUCGGCCCUGGUGUAAAUGACCCUGUAUACAGCCCCCUGCACCCUCCUGUGUGUGUCUGUUGCAUUUUGUGAUUGCAGUGAUGAAACACUUCCCAGUAAUGGUAUUGGAAAAUACUUUGCCAAUGCAUUCUUUGACCAUUCAGAUUAUGCCGCUUAUGAUGGCUCCUGGUAUGUUCCACCCCCAAAUGAUCCUUUUUAUUGGGUUUUUAUUUAUUUUUUAAAAACUUUUACCUAAACCAUUCAAGCCAGUCAACACCUGGCAGCACUGCCCUCAGCCACUCCCCUCGUGGGUGCUCUCUGCUGCCACCGGGUGGCGGCGAUGCAUAACUGCAGGUCGAUUCAGAGGGGGUUUACCUGAAGCAGGUUGUGCGGAGAAGCCCCCUACUGGAGGAAAGGAGGAACUGCAGCAAGCUCUGGUCCAGGUGCUACUUCAGGACUGUAGCCAAUAAAAAUGGCUCAUCUGUUGGACAAACAUGCAUUACAUUAACUUGUUAACAUGGUAAGGAAAUACUCUUAGGAUGCUACUUACUCGAGAAUUUGUCCUUUGUGUUGCGUCGCUUUCUCCUUAGCAGAGUUCUUGCUUGAAUUUGAUGCCACUCUGAACGAGCCAGAACUAUUUCUGACAAAAGUUACAGCAAGAGGGUAAAAGUAUAGUCCAAUGCCUUUAUGAAACUAAUGUAGAAAUAUGGCCGUGUCACGGUGCAAUUAACACCUGUUGAUGGGAACUUGCAGAGGCACAUCAAGAGGCACAGAAUACAAGCAUGCUCACUGGAUGAAGUCGAUUGUUUGUUUCUGAAAUGUCUGUUUGUCCAGCCUAUAAUCCCUGUUACUACUUCAGCUUCAUCAGUCUGAACCUGAUUGCUUGCAAGCGGAAGCUUAGUAAGGACACAGUUAAGUACUUGGGAGUAAGCAAGCUUGGAACUCUGUAAUCCACCAUGUUUUCAUGAUGCUGUAUGGCAAACGUUACUGCGUUCGUCCAGCUUAGGGGAACUCUAUUUACACACAGGCUGGUUUACAGACGGUAAUCUGGUGUGCUGUCAUGCGACAAAAAUGUGACAAAGCACAUUGGAUGCAGUCAUGAGACUUCCUGGUAGUCUGCUGUACUGCAGAUUUGCACAGUUCCCGAAUCCCUAUCCACUGUUGAAUUCAUGUGCCACAUCGUAACUUCUUACAGAACAGCCAAACCUUUCAUUCUUCCAUAAACCACCUCUGUCGUCCAGAGGUCUGUGCUCACUUGUACUGAUCAACAGCUGUUGUCGUAGUCAAUAUUCGUUCUUCGUUCUGUUACUGUGAAAGUGCUGGUUGACUUGGAAGAGUUGUGACUCCGGGAAAAAAAAAAACCCCUAUGAAGCCUGGUCUUUAGUAAUCGUACUGUGUGUGUGUCUGCACUGAGCUCCAGGGAGGCCUACUGAAGUCAGGGUUUAUGAGGUCAGCGUUUCUGAGGUCUGUCUCUCUAAGGUCAGGGUUUCUAAGGUCAGCUGCUAGGCCAACUGUGAAUAAAGUGCUGUGUUGGGUUGAACAUACCGGUUGCAUUUUGGAAGUGGAUACCCAAAAUAAAAAAAGGGGGCUGAUUUGACCCAGAACAUGUCCCUGGGAGGGUCUGCAAUAUAUAAUCAAAUUGAAAUAAAUAUUUCUGGCAUAAAGGAUUCCCCAUUGCGUAAUAGGUUUACCCAGUGCAUUUAGUCACUCAAGAUUUUGAAGAAAUCAUUUAUAAAGGUCGAAUAUAAACAUGUUCUAAUUUCCUGAUAACAAGCUGGGAUGGGCAGAUGGUUUUGGCCUACAAUAAGAUGGGAAAAUUAAAUUGAAGUCGAGCAAUGAACUUUAUUUAGGACAUGGUUUUACCACUGCUACUCUUUAUAGGGAACUGCCAUGGGACCUUCAGUGGCCAGUGAGUUUGUAUUUUGAUCCAUCUCAUUUGAAAGCUUUUUACUCCAAUUUUAUUUAAAUCAAGGAUGUUUUAUUCUGGUGUAUGGUUUCCAGUUUUUAAAUGUACUCAGUAAGUUUUACAAUUUCCAUGUUCUUUGUGGUUGCAUUGUCAAAUGUACUCAUGAUAGCUAGUUGUGCCAGUUGAGACAGACACCCCUUUUCAAACUAGCUCCCCUUGUGGUUAAAAAAAGAACUGCAGUCUGUCCCCAGGGGUCAAAUACCUGACCUUCAGAACUCAUAUUCAUCAAGUACACAUAUAUGGAAGUCAACUGGCUUGUGUUAAAUAAUUUUUCAAAUUAAAGGAAUGAAGAACAA